AUGAAAGGUCUAAUUCUAGUCGGAGGUUACGGUACCAGAUUGAGACCGCUAACUUUGACAGUGCCAAAGCCAUUGGUGGAAUUCGGUAACAGACCUAUGAUCUUGCACCAAAUCGAAGCUUUGGCCGCAGCAGGCGUCACAGAUAUCGUUUUGGCCGUCAACUACAGACCAGAAGUGAUGGUGGAAACAUUGCAAAAAUACGAAAAGGAGUACGGCGUCAACAUCACAUUCUCGGUGGAAACCGAACCUUUGGGCACGGCUGGUCCGUUGAAACUCGCUGAAAAAGUGUUGAAAAAGGACAAAUCGCCCUUCUUCGUUUUGAACUCAGACGUCAUCUGUGACUACCCUUUCCAGGAGCUAGCAGAGUUCCACAACGCCCACGGUGGUAAGGGUACCAUCGUCGCCACCAAGGUCGACGAGCCCUCCAAGUACGGUGUCAUCGUGCAUGACAUCGCCACCCCCAACUUGAUCGACCGUUUUGUCGAAAAACCAGUCGAGUUUGUCGGUAACAGAAUCAACGCUGGUCUGUACAUUUUGAACCCAGAGGUGAUCGACCUCAUCGAAAUGAAGCCCACCUCCAUCGAAAAGGAGACCUUCCCUAUCUUGGUCGAGCAAAAAUCCUUGUACUCCUUCGAUCUAGAGGGCUACUGGAUGGACGUUGGUCAACCAAAGGACUUCUUGUCCGGCAGUGUGUUGUACUUAAACUCUCUGUCCAAGAGAAUCCCACAGUCCAUGGCCAAGGGCAACAACAUCGUCGGUAACGUCAUUGUCGACCCAUCUGCCAAGAUCUCCGCCACCGCCAAGAUCGGUCCAGAUGUCGUCAUUGGCCCUAACGUCACCAUCGGUGACGGUGUCAGAAUCACCAGAUCCGUUGUCUUGAAGAACUCUCACAUCAAGGACCACGCUUUGGUCAAGUCCACCAUUGUCGGCUGGAACUCUACCGUUGGUAAGUGGGCCAGACUCGAAGGUGUCACUGUUCUAGGUGACGAUGUCGAAGUUAAGGAUGAAGUCUACGUUAACGGUGGUAAGGUUCUACCUCACAAGUCCAUCUCCGCUAACGUUCCUAAGGAAGCUAUUAUCAUGUAA